AUGUUAGCCUGCUGGCUUCCUCCACUGAUGCUGAGCUCAACGCGCUCCACUCUGCUCUCACCAAAUGGGGUUGCUUCCAGAAAGCGCCUCCCUGAUGAAGUGCGCCAUCUUACCACAGAAUUCUUCCACCUGCCGGAGCUGGAGAAGCAGAGAUACACGAGGCAAGGCAAUGAUGUUGAAGGGUUGCAUCUUCUAGUCGCUCCAGAAGACGGGAGAAAACUCAAAUAUUGGCCUCAGAAUCCAGAACCUUUCCGAAAAGCAUUGGAAGACUACUCUGCUAAGAUAAGACAAGUGGAAGAACAAAUCCUCAGAUCAAUAGCAAAGACAUUAAGCUUAACUGAUGAAGACUACUUUCUGAGAAAAAUCACCACCGUGUCUGCACAGUUCAACUACUAUCCGCCAUGUUCAAAACCUGAUCAGGACAGGCAAGUACGAGGCCCUCAGCUACUUCAAGACAAUCAGUGGUUAUCAGUUCCUAUAACGCCUCAAGCACUGCUCGUUCUGGCAGGAGAUCUGCUCGAGAUAAUGAGUAAUGGAAUAUUCAAAAGUCCUAUGCAUAGAGUUGUUAUAAACUCGAAGGCCGAGAGGAAGUCUGUGGCUAUGUUCCUCUCUCCUAAUGUUGCAGAAGAGAUUGAACCACUGGAUCAACUUGUUGAUGAAGAAAGACCAAAAAUGUUCAAGAAAGUAACAAACUAUGCUGGGACUUUUACAACUACUAUCACCAAGGGAACAGAGCUAUAG